GGUUUAAUUCCCUGUUCAGAGCACAUGAAAAAUAACAACUGGCAAAUUUCUAUGAUAUCAAAAUAAAACAAAGCAAGAUUUUAUAAUGGCUAUAAAUACGGCUUUAUGUAAAGUCAAAGUGAAGCACAAUAUAUCACCUCUAUAUUUCCCACAUCCAAAUCCAAAUCCAAAUUCCACUUACUCUCUCUCUCUCUCAAGAAAGAAAGAAAGAAAGAAAGAAAAACAUGGGAGAAGAGGGUGAAAAUGAGGCAAGUUUUCCUACACUAAAGCUCGCAUUUGCAGAGAUGCCCGAAUCGCCGGAGCAUCCAUCAACGCCGCCGUUCCAAGCGUCAGCCACCAUCCCGUUCAAAUGGGAGGAGCAGCCCGGGAAGCCACGUCACUGCAUCGCCAUCGCCCGACCCGAACCCGCCAAGUCGCUGGAGCUCCCGCCCUGCAUGAACCCGGCCGACAAAUUUACCAAAACGCCCUCCCCCACCACCGUCCUCGACGGGCCCUACAACGUCGCCCGCCCCAAAUUCUCGUCGUUCCGAUUCACCAGAGACGGCGCCGACUCCUUCGGCAGCCCCGAGGGCACCGCAUUCGAGGCCCUGCUCGGCGCCAAGAAGGGGAAAGGGAGAGGGUUUUUUGGUAAAUUCAAGGGGGGUAAGAGGGAGGUUGGCGGCGGCGGUAGUUGCAGAUUUUCGCCGUCGGCGGUUAGUAGUUGUGACAGCGAGGAUAUGUUUGCGGCUGUCAAGAAUAACUGUGGGGUGCAAAUCAAGAGAAAUGGAAGCUUCUCCAAUAUUUCUCAUGCUAAGCCUACCCAAUUAUGGACUAGUUUUUGUCAUGGCAUAAAGCAAGUCAUACACUGGAAAGGCAGCAAGAAAUCAAAUAAAGAAGGUCGGAAUUCAAGGAGCGAUAUGUAAUGAAUUGUAUAAAUCAUUAGCAAAAAGCAAAAAAAAUGAGGUUCGAAACUCUUGCUGUUUCGAACUGAUGUUAAUGUUUGCUGAGGCUAUUAAUAUUAACAUAAAUAUAUAAUUUUGUGACUUAUAUUCCUUUUUCA